AAUACAAUGUAAUAUGUAUUAAAAACUACAAACAGUGAGUUUUGAACCAUAUUUACUAUUUGUUGUUGCUCAAAAUGUGUCCCACGUAUUCGUCACCACCAUCAGAUAUCUAUAAAAAGCAAUAAUAAUCAGGCAACUACAAGGUCAAGGCCAUUCCUGAGGACCCCCUUUUCAAACCUUCAGCUCUACUGCAUGCUUCAAGAUCACUCAAGCUCCUAUAUGGCAAACAGUGCUGGAAGAUCUGACGAUCUUAAGAUGUUCAAAAAAAAGGUUCAUCGUCUGAAGUUUUCGGUGGUGCAUUUUCUUGAGGAAAAUGAGGUGGAUGUGGCACCAUCAUUAUGGUUGGCGAAGAGCAAUGGGGUUCUGAAUUGCUAUUGGCCGGCAAAUAAUGCCAGCGUUCUGGCAAGACGCUGUGCUCUGCCCGACAAGGUACUUUGGAAAAAGUACAAAGUUCGCGUUUUCUCUUCAACAGACAGCUACAGCCUGGCCAGGGAGAGGGCAAGAAAGGGGCAAGACACCUCUCAGGUGGAAACGGUGGAGAUAAAUUCGAGGAGGAUAAACGUUCCUGCCAGGAGCCUGAUAGUGACGUCCCUUCACCACCUAUCAUCACACCUGUCAGGGUCGAUGAUGAAGGCAUGGCUGGUGUAUCAGCUGCUGGAAUCCAACCACAUAAUAUUACUCCAUGUGAAUCCUCCACCAUCGGGGGAGAAACCUAUGAGGCCUUUCAAGGGAACCAUCAAGAUGGAACGGAUACAGUCUCCAAAGAGAUUUUCAGUUUCCUGGAGGGUAUGGAGAGGAGGAUUAUGCUGAAGUUGGAAAGGAUGCACGAGGACCUAAGAAAUGGCAAUGGUAGAGUCAUGGAGGCUGUGGAGUCCAGGCCAGGAAGGACAUCUGAGGCAGCUGAAGAGGACAUGUUAGAGGGUCCAUGUCAAAACCUUGCAGACUUGGAGGACCUCUGCAAAAAGAUUGCAGAACGCUCUUUUAAAAAGAAAAUGAUUCGGCACCUGAGCCUUCUUGGAGGCAGCAAUGUCGGGGAUGGGGUUCGAAGGAUGCUGAAAAAAAUCGGCACUAAUGAGCUGUGGAAGGGGUUCAGUUUGAAGGGGAGAAAAGGGAAGCGACCCUUCCACAGUUUAUUAAUUUAUGACGUGGUGAUACGUGCCUGCAGCCGUACCUUUCCGAAUGUGGACUGCCAGAAGGUGGAGGAGGCCAUUGCGGUUACCCUCAAACAUGCUCCCCACCGCAGAUCAACAAACCAGAUUGUUUUCCAAGCUGACGGCGCCAAUCUUCAAGAAACCACAUGCAGCUGUACAGCAUGCAAGGUUCUUUGCAACCAUCUAGUGGCCUUGUUGUUCCAGAGUGCCCAUUACAGCAUGUUGCAGGUGAAAGCUGUACCACCACCUAUGGCCUGCACAAGCUCUCUGCAAACAUGGCAUCGACCAAGGACUAAGGGGAUCCAUGCAGAGCCGGUUCCGGACUUGGUGGUUAGGAGACCAAAGCCAUCCCCCAGGAGUGUAUGCAAAUCAACACUCUAUCAAGCAUACACAGGAUCCCUCCCUGACCCGCAAGUCUUGUCUCUUGGGGAAAGACUGAAAAAAAUCAGGCCGCAACCACUGAUAUCCUCAGUGCUACAUGGCUUGUCUGAAGUCUCCAUGGUCGACUCCAGCUUCGGACCUGUGCCGCGGGGUUCACCCCUGUCCUACCAUUUCUCCAUUUGGACAGCUUAACUGUGACACAUGAGAUGGCAGCUGAGAGAGAGGAGCAGACACGUGAGCAGUCUGAGUGCCCAUUAUGGCAAGCUUUACGCAAGACUAGAGUGACAGCUAGUAGGUUCUAUGAGGUUAGCCAUGUGAAAGGACCGUCUUCUGGUCAGACCCUGGCAGGGCGGAUACUUAAGGGUGUACGCCAAACACCCACAAUGAAAAGGGGCCUUGAUCGCGAGCCGCAGGUGCUGGAACAAUAUUCAAAACAUUGCAAUGUAAAUGUCUCGCGCUGUGGAUUUGUCAUCCAUCCCGAUGCGAGAGUAUAUGACCCAAGUGCCGUUCCGUGUUUUGGGCUGGCUGAAGUUAAAUGCCCAGACAUCUCUAACAUUUCUGAGGCAGGACAUGUUAAAAUGGUGAAUGGUCAGGCAAAACUGAAAAAGAAUCAUAAAUACCACUGGCAGGUUCAAGGUUAAUUGGCAAUAACUGGAUUGAGUUGGUGCGAUUUUAUAACAGACACUGAGGGAGACUUCACAGUCGAAAGAGUCUGGAGGGAUGAUGAAAUGAUAAAAGAGAUGAAAAAUAAGGUAGACUUGUACUUCUUUGGUACAUAUAUGAAUGUGUAUCUUCAGCAGAAAGUGAAAUCAACUGAAAGAAUAAAAGGAUUUAAUUCAUUCCCUUUCUGAGUACAUAAUUUACUACAUUACAUAUUAACAU